AUGUUUUUAAAACCUUUUACAUAUCCACUACCCGAAACAAGGUUUCUUCAUGCAGGCAGAAGUGUAUAUAAACUUAAAAUCAGAUAUGGCAACUUCCUCUGCAGUGAUGAUAUAGACAACAAUGAAAAUACUGCCAAGGAACUAGAGGAAGCCAUUCGAGUAAUCAUUGGAAAUCUUGAUAAUUUACAUCCAUUUGCUACAGAACACUUGACUAUAUUUCCAUAUUUAAGUAAAUGGGAGAGAGUAUCAAAACUGAGAUUCAAACAUGGGGAUACAUUUCUUGCUCCAUAUCCUCAUGUUUGCACUAUGUAUGUUGAACUCAAUUCAUUUCAGCAAAGUAUAUUUGUUGGAAAAGAAGUAAAUCUGGAUGCUUGUAACUUUGUCAAGGAUAGAAUUGAAAUGAUAGAAAAUAUUGAAAUGGAAGCAACAGUGAAGUGGAGAAGAGUGGAAGAUCCAGCAGAAAUUUCACAUGCAAAGCCAUAUAUGGAUAGAACUGAAACUGAAAAUAUUUACACUGGAAGCAAGUCAAAAGGUGACUUCAGAAUGUCAGAAGAUAUUCAGCAGAAAUAUCAGGAUCCUGCAGCCCUUAGGAAGGACUAUGGCCAUAUGAGUGUAUGGGAACCUGUGGAAUAUAACAUCGAACAAAGCACAGAAACCACCCAGAAAGAAGGUAAAAUGCAACUGCAACAGCAAAUCAACCCCAUUAGAAAUGAAGGAAAUGUGGAGUCAAAAGGAAGAGGUUUUCUGAAGUUAGUGAAAAGCGUUCUUCGGAAGAUUGCGGAUGACAAGACCCAGAUCAUCCUUAUUGCCCUGGCUUGA